AUGCCCACAAUAUCAGUGUUCGAGGAGGAUCUGAUAGAAAAAUUAGAAGAGAGAUUAAGCGAUGAGAAGUUACAGGAUAUAUGCUUUGAUUUUGGCUUAGAAGUUGAUGAUAUAGAAUAUAAAAACAAGAAAAAGAUAUACAAGAUAGAAGUGCCUGCAAAUAGGUAUGAUUUAGUAUGUGUAGAAGGAUUAUGUAGAGCAUUAAAAAGUUUUAUAGGCAAGUUUGAUAACAUUAAAUAUGAUAUAUUAAUGAAUAGUCAUGAAUGUUGUAUAAAGGAAAAACAUUAUAUAAAUGUUAAAGAAUCAGUUGAUGAAAGAAGGAGUUAUGUUGUUUCGUGUGUAUUGAAAAAUAUAAAAAUGACUGAACAUGUUUAUAAUAAUAUUAUAGAAUUACAAGAAAAAUUACAUCAUAAUAUUGGGAAAAAAAGAACAGUAUUAGCAAUAGGGAUUCAUGAUUAUGAUAAAAUAAAAUUUCCUGUAGAAUAUAAAUUUGAGGAGAAGUCGAAAAUAAAUUUUAUACCAUUGAAUGAAACGAAAAAUUUGAAUGGAAAUAAUUUGAUGGAGUUUUAUGAACAUAAUACUAAUUUAAAACCGUACUUAAAAAUUAUAAAAAAUUUUGAAAAGUAUCCCCUUAUAGUUGAUGCAAAUAAUCAGAUAUUGUCUUUACCUCCUAUUAUUAAUUGUGAAUAUACAAAAAUAACACUUAAUACAAAAAAUUUAUUUGUUGAAUGUACAGCUACUGAUAAACAUAAAGCAGAAAUAGCCUUAAAUAUUAUCUGUUCCAUGUUAUCAGAAUAUUGUACUCCAAAAUAUUCUAUUUAUUCCUUUUUAGUUUUAUAUGAUCAAAAUCAUAAAAUAGAAAAGGGAAAUAGUUAUUUAUAUCCAGAAUUUAAAAAUAAAGUGGUAACAUGUGAAAUUGAUUAUGUUAGGAAAUUAUCAGGGAUACCAAACAUAACUGUAGAAGAUGUAGAAAAAGUUUUAAAAAAAAUGAUGAUACCUAUAAAGAUCAUUGACAAUUGUACCUUUACUGCUCAUGUUCCUUUCUACAGAUCAGACAUAAUGCAUUCGUGUGAUAUUGUUGAAGAUAUAGCAAUAGGAUAUGGUUAUGGUAAUAUUAAAUCCUGCGAAGUAGAGUUUUCAAAAAAACAUUUAUUAAAUACUUGUUCAGAUUUAUUUCGAAAUGCAUUGAUAGAAUGUGCUUAUACAGAAGUUAUGACCAAUGCAUUGUUAUCCAAAAGAGAGAAUUAUAAUUGUAUGUUAAGAAAAUACAAGGAUUAUAAGGAUGUACAAAUAAAUCUUGAGGAAUAUAAUCCGUUAGCUCCUCCAGUUCAAAUAAUGAAUUCAAAAACGUCUGAGUAUGAAAUAAUUCGAACCUCUUUAAUUGUUAAUUUGUUAAAAUUUGUAGCAUCAAAUAAACAUAGAGAAUUACCAUUACGUUUUUUUGAAAUUGGUGAUGUUUCUUAUACUACAUAUAACAAAACGGAUACAAAUGCAGUCAAUAAAAGGCACUUAUCAGUUAUCUUUGCUGACAAGUUUUGUUCAGGAUUAGAAGAAAUACAUGGUGUUCUAGAAACAGUUCUAAAGGAAUUCCAACUUUUUAAUGAUUAUAAAAUUGAUGAAAAAAAAAAGGAAAAUAUUUCCUUAAGAUCUGAUGUUUUUUAUAAGUUGCUACCAAAAGAGGAUUCUUCUUUCCUAAGCGAACGAGUUGUCGACAUUGUUUUGUUCCCGCACAAUUUAAAGUUUGGAGUAUUAGGCAUUAUUCAUCCGGAGGUAUUAGGAAAUUUUUCCAUCGAUAUUCCAGUGUCAGCUGUGGAGAUAAACAUAGAGACGCUUCUUAACGUAUUGAUGAUGUGA